CUUGACGCCGGCACAGAGCCUGGUAUUACAGAGAUAUGGGGAUCCGAGCAAAUGCAAGUAGUUCCCGUGCCAACAGAAUUUACUGGACAGUUUUAUCAAGGAGACUCCUACAUUAUUCUCAAGACACGAUUGGUUGAAACUCAUCUUGAAUGGGAUAUUCAUUUCUGGCUGGGUUCAGAAACAUCUCAGGAUGAACAAGGUGUGGCAGCCUAUAAGACCGUUGAACUGGACGACUCACUAGGUGGCGCACCGGUGCAGUACCGCGAGGUGCAAUUCCAUGAAUCGAAGAGGUUUAUGUCCUACUUCAAGAAGGGUGUCAAGUAUCUGAAGGGAGGCGUGGCUUCAGGAUUUAAGCACGUGACACCAGAGGUGUACGAACCACGACUGAUGCAGUGUAAGGGAAAGAGGAACAUCCGUGUGCAACAGGUUGACUUGGGCUGCGCAUCUCUCAACCAUGGAGAUGUGUUCAUCCUGGACAUGGGAGAGACCAUCUAUAUCUGGUACGGAGAGCAGUGCGGCCGCAUGGAAAAGAUCAAGGCAAUCCAAGUGGCAAAUGGCAUCCGAGAUGAUGAGAGGGCGGGCAGAGCUGAUGUCGUUCUCUUGGACGGACAGACUAACGACGAGCCAUUCUUCGAGGCGCUCGGUGGGAGAGACGACAUUCAGUCAGCAGACGAGGGGGGAGCCGACGACGAGAACAUUAAAGAUACGAAGGGACAGACUGCGCUAUACAGACUUCCAUUGGAUGCAGAGGGAGUGAGUGAUGCCUCGGGACAGCUGAAGGCAGUAAAGGUGUCUGAGGGACCUCUUAGUCAGGACAUGCUGGACUCUCAGGACUGCUUCAUUAUUGACGGAGGAAAAAGCGGUAUCUUUGUGUGGAUCGGCAAGCAGUCGACUAAGGAUGAGAGGCUCGGUGCCAUGAACAACGCAAUGAAAUACCUCAAGGGCCGCGGCUACCCGAACUGGACUCCGAUCACCCGCUGUAUCGAUGGUGGCGAACCGGCUCUCUUCAAGGUGCAUUUUGCUGACUGGGCGGAGGAAGAGGGACAGGUGGGGCUGGGAAACGUCCACGUCCGCGGAUCGAUCGCACCACCGGAGGAGUACGAAGGCAAGGAGCUGCAAACGAUCCACUCUAGGAGGAAGCGCAUUUUCAACUGGGGACCACUAGCUAAACACGGAGGGCGCGCGUGCGGAUUCAUGCCUGACGAUGGAUCAGGCUCCCUGGAGGUGUGGAGGAUUGAGCAAUUUGAAAUGGUGCCAGUGGAUCCAUCUAUUCACGGUUGGUUCUUUGGUGGUGACAGCUACAUCCUUAAGUACAGCUACAUGAAGGACAACCGUGACUUCUACAUUGUCUACUUCUGGCAGGGUCUCAAAAGCUCACAGGAUGAGAAGGCAGCAUCAGCGAUCCUAGCAGUGAAAUUAGAUGAUGAAGUUGGUGGAAAGGCCGUGCAGGUGCGAGUAGUACAGGGUGAAGAACCAGACCACUUCCUGACUGUGUUCAAGGGCAAGAUGGUCGUAUUCAUGGGCGGGAGAGCGAGCGGGUUCAGGAACGUUCACGACCACGACACCUACGAUGUUGACGGAACACGGCUGUUCCACAUCCGCGGCACCAGCGACGUCAACACACGUGCUGUCCAGGUUCCCGAGCUGGCUUCGUCUCUAAACUCUGAGGAUGUGUUUGUGUUGGAGACGCCCAAUGCCACCUACAUCUGGCGAGGAAAGGGUGCCGACGACGUUGAACUAGACAUGGCGACAGACCUCAUUCCCAUGAUUUCGCCCGACCGCGAACCGCAGGUAGUAGACGAAGGAUUAGAGCCAGAUGAAUUCUGGGAUGCCCUCGGCGGCCCCGGCGAAUAUCCGACGCAGCACGUCUGGGCGCACCCGCCGGCUCUGCCUCCGCGCCUCUUCCAGUGCACUCUCGUUAGGAACCGCCUGCGUGUUGAGGAGAUAGUUGACUUUGUGCAGGAGGAUCUGGAUGGUGACGAUGUUAUGAUUCUUGACAGUGGAUCUGAUGAGAUUUACAUCUGGGUUGGAAAGGGUUCACUGGAUGAGGAGAAAAAGGCUGCUUAUGACCUUGGCAUGGCUUACCUCAAGUCGGAGCCGAGCCCGCGUAAGGCGGACACGUGCGUGUUCUUCGAGAUCAAGCAGGGAUCAGAGCCGGAGACCUUCACCGGAUACUUCGAGAACUGGGAUGCUUCCAUGUGGGGAGAGGAUUAAACAGCAAGUCUUGUCUUGUCAUGUCUGCGAGGGUAACUAGCCCUACAACAUAUCCAUUCUUGCAUCAUCAGUCGACCGCUGUGCCUCUUUGGAAACUGGCCAAGAAGUAGGAAGAUGAACCAUUGAAAACACGUCGAAAACGGAACUUUUUGUUUUAGGCAACAUCUAUCCCGGGCCCUGGCUUGUAGAAUUUUGUUUCGUAAAGUUGAGGAAACUUGGGUUUUUCAUUCGCUUAACACGUUACAUUUCUGUCGGCGGUUUACAAGAAAAAGUUAAUGUUAAGACUAAUGUUAAGUCAUAUAUAUUGCUUCUGACGAUAGGCUCCAGCACCCCAAAUAUACAGUUCUGAUAAUUUUACAAACAAACAGGAUUUAACUGUGCGGUAGAGAAGUCGUUUUUUUUAGAAAUGCAACUCCAAGAAAGGUAGACGGAAAAAUGGUCACAUAUGCAUGACAAUUUAAGCACACCUAUAUUACUAUAUGCUAGUCAACAUAUAAUGUAACGUUUAUGUAACGUUUUUUUUUCUAUAUGUACCAUUUUGUUACAUAUAAGUGGUUAUAAGAUAAAUCUUCCAUUUUUCUCAAACAAUUUGUAUUUAUAUCUGUAAGAAGUUUGCUCGAAUCAUGAAAAGAGGAAAUUAUGCCAACCUUCACUUACUAUCAGGCUUGAAACAAUUUAUUUAAUUCUUGGUCAGUAACUAGGGUGGUAAGAUGUACUAUAUAUUUAGUAGUAAUGAUAAUAUUUACCUAUUUGAAGAAGACGUAGUAUAUGUAUUUCUAGCAAUGCAACUAGUGUAAACCAUGGAACGUAAGAUGUGAAAUUAAAAACUAUUUUCCCACACGAAACUAAACCAGUUCA